GAAAAGAAAAGGAAAAAUAUAAUAAAAUAAAAAGUUCGAAAAAUUAUUAGAAUAUUAUUAAAAAGUUGCACAUGUCAACAUCCCGACCUGCAUGGCAUGGUUAGCGAAAAUUAGCUGCAAAAGAUUAAGUUGGCUUUGGGUCAAGAGGUUUAAGACUCAAUUGGCACCAUUAAAAAAUUUAGGACUAAAUUAACACAAAUGCAAUAGGUUUAAAAAUUUUCUAAUGCUUUUUCCUUAGUUCCUCCAACAGUUCCUUUUCCUUGGGGUCUUUCAUGGAUGAUAUCUUGAAGUGAUUCCAUUAAUUUUAAUUAUACUCUACAUUUUGCAGCAAGCUUUUGUUGGUUUUUAGAUCGUGAAGAAGUUCGAGAUCACAUUGAAAAACAUUAUGAAUACUUCUCGAGUGUGCUCCUUAAUGUUUAUAGAGCCAGCAAUCUUAUGCUUUCGGAUGAACAACAACUAGAGAGAGUGAGAACUUUCUCAAGGAAGCUUCUUGAGAAAAUCUUAUCGGGAGAAACAAGAGACGAAUGCAUCAUCUCUUCGAGUCAUCGCAUAAUGAUUGAGCACGAACUGGGUCUUCCAUGGAUGGCUCGCCUAGACCACCUAGAACAUAGGAUGUGGUUGGAGGAAAAAGAUGCUUGUGUACUAUGGAUGGGAAAAUUAUCUUGGCAUAGGUCAUCGUUGGUUCAUAAUCAAGAUAUUCUGCAACUUGCUCUGCAGGACUUCGUACUGAGACAAUCGACUUAUAGAAUGGAGGUUGAUAUAGUAAAAGGGUGGUCUGAAACAACCGGACUUAGCAAGAUGGAGUUCUGUCGAGAGAAGACAACAUACUCUUAUUUUGCUGUCGCCGCUUCCAUUUCUUUACCUUGCAACUCCGACAUACGAGAAGUGGUUGCUAAGAGUGCGAUCAUAGUAACCGUUGCCGACGACUUUUUCGACAUGGAGGGUUCACUAGAGGAUCUAGAGCAGCUUACCGAUGCAGUUCAAAGGUGGGAUGGUGAAGGACUAAGUGGGCAUGCCGAGACCAUAUUCAAAGCCCUCGUUGAUCUCGUCACUGACUUCAGAGUGAAAUGCUUCAAACAAUCAGGGAAGGACAUCAAGAAAAACCUCCAAGAUAUAUGGGGUGAGACAUUUCAUUCAUGGCUCAUGGAAGCGAAAUGGAGCCGAAGCGGAGGUGCGCCUCCUAUGCAAGAGUACCUCCAUGUGGGCAUGAAAUCUAUCGCAACACACAUCUUAGUCCUUCCCUCUUCGUGCCUCGCGAGCCCCACGACCCCAUUGCAUCAGCUGUGGUCUAGCCCCUACCAGCCCAUCACCAAAUUUCUCAUGGUCAUCACUCGCUUGUUGAAUGACAUCCAAAGCUACCAGAAAGAAGAAAAGCAAGGGAAAUUGAACUUUGUGCUGCUAUACCUAAAGGAAAACCCCGAGGCUAGCAUUGAGGACUCCAUCAACUUCGUGCAACAUCUGCUACACCAACUGAAGAAAGAGUUCCUCCAACACGUCCUUGCGGAGCCCUGCAGCUUACCUAAACUGAGCAGGCAGCUCCACCUCGGGUACUUGAAAGUGUUCCACAUGUUCUUCAACACCUCCAACCGCUAUGACUCAGACAUGGACAUGUUUCACGACAUCCAGAAAGCACUCGUAGUCCCACCACGAGUCCCCAAACUGAAGUCCCUGAUGCCUUUGCCGGAGCAACCGGGACCGAAGCCACGGGUGUCUGUGACCAAGGACCUGUCCAGUCAAUUCAGACUCGGGCGUUUUCCUAGGAAGAGCUUUGUUGGGUGUCAAAUGCCUCCCCAUAGUGGUCCGGCGACUAAAUGGGAGAAGAUGUACAAGUUAUCUAGUUUUAAGUUAUGUUUCGCUUAGUUAUAGCAGUGGCAAAUCUUCAUGUACCAUAGUCAUGAACCAAUCUUAUAGGUUCCCCCACCUGAAGCUGCUUUGGUUUGUAUCAAUAAUGAAUAAGUGUGUAAGAGCAGAGU